UCAAUCAUGAAAACUGUCUUGGUGCUAGUUCUGUGCGUUUUUGCGUGGUCAUGUUGUGAGAAACCUGGACCAGAAGGUCCGCCACCAACCGAACACCCAAAACACCACGGACGCCAUCACAAACUGGAGAAGGAAUGUCAAGAAAAAGGAAACCUAACAGACGCAGACAUGAAAACCAUACGAAAGGUUUGGCAUACGGGACAAGCUCCAACCGAACCCAGCGACGCGAUCAAGUGCUACUUUAAAUGCGUGUUGGUGCACGAGAAGAAAUUAACGGAGGAUGGGGCGGCGAGUUUGAAGGGCAUGCAGCAGAACUACACGAAGGCCGUCGAGAAGCUUGGCGAAUGCAACCAAAUUAAGAAUAACGACCGUCCGUGUGAUGCGGCCCUUUCGCUUGCAACUUGUCUCUCUGAGGUGAAGCAUUUGGUCAGGGGAUUCUAAACCAGGUUUGUGUAUCAAAAACCACGAAAUAAAUGAUUUGCAUUUUAAUCAA